UGUCGCGCUUAACCGGCGCGCGUGGUCCGACCUGUCGCGCCGUUCUCUCUCGCGGAGAAGCGAUCGGAGUGUAGUGAUCACCCAGGAUCGAGCGGAUCGAGUAUUUAUAGCGAGGUAAAUCGCGUCUGAUAUUCUUAUCAGAGUAAUGACAAUGCGGUGUCGGGCGUCGUCGAUCGUCGUCGCGGUCGCGCUUCUGAUCGUCCUGCUGGACGGUGCGAUCGGCAAGAUGCGGGUCGCCUACCGAUGGAAGCAGAUCGAUUACGAGUGGCCGAACAACGACAUUAAGAGGCUCUUCCCGGACUACAAGCAGGAAGACAAUCUGCCCUUGGGUCUGGAGGUGGCCGGCGAUCGACUCUUCAUCACGGUGCCGAGAUGGAGACAGGGAGUUGCCGCCAGUCUCAAUUACAUUAGACUUAACGACACGCGCGAAUCGCCACCCCUGAUUCCGUAUCCCUCCUGGGAGGCCCAUCAGUACGGCGCCGCCGGCGUGCCGGAGAUCGUUUCGACGUUUCGCGUGCGCGCCGACCGUUGCAACCGGCUCUGGGUCCUGGACACGGGACUGACGGACAUCCUGGGUAGCCCCGAGCAGCAGGUGCCGCCGACGUUGAUCGUCUACGACCUGACGACCGACCGCGUGCUGCGCAAAUACGUGAUACCGUCCGACCAGAGGACCACCGAUUCCCUGUUCGCCAACAUCGCCGUCGAGGACUACUCGUGCGAGGACUCGUACGGCUACCUGGGCGACCUCGGCGGCCCGGGUCUCGUCGUCUACUCCUGGAACCUCCGCAGGUCCUGGCUCGUCAAGCACCACUCCUUCCAUCCGGAUCCGAAGGGCGGAGAAUUCAAUGUGUCGGGAGUAUGGUUCGAAUGGAACGACGGCCUGUUCGGGAUGGCUCUCGCGCCGACUGGUGAUGGCUACAGCACCAUGUACUAUCAUGCACUCUCCAGCGGCAUGGAAUUUUCCGUCAGUACGAGAUUGUUGCGUGAUCCUCAGCGUGCCAGUAACGCAGAAACGUCCUACGAGUUCCAAACGCUGGGCUCGCGCGGCCCCAACGGCCAGAGUAGCGUCAGCUUCCUGGAUCCAAAGACCGGAGUUCUCUUUUACGCGCUUUCGAAUUUAAACACUAUCGCCUGUUGGAGACCGCAAAAUCAAUUCAUGGUACAGCAACAGGGCUACGUCUACCAGGAUAACGUCACCAUGAUUUUCCCCAAUGAUCUUAAGGUUGACCGGAACGGCAACAUAUGGGUCCUCUCCGACAGAUUGCCUGCCUUCAUGUACUCGCGACUGAACCUGAAUGACUAUAACUUCAGGAUACUCAUGGGAUCGACCGAGCAACUCAUCAUGGGCACGGUCUGCGACUCGUCUUCGAUUUACCGCACGACGACGAUGCACGAUUACAGGGACCACAUGGAUCACUUCAACAAUCACAUUGAUCAUAAAGAUCACACGAUGCACUUAACGCCCAGAAUCGGCGGGAACUCUGCCGGUUCCACGAAGUUAGAGAUCGCGACCAUGAUGUUGUUGAUAUGCCUAAGCAAAGUUUUCGUUUGAGGGGCGAGAAUUGGAAAAUUUUGGGGAUGAAAAUAAAAAUAGUAGAAUUAAAGCGAACAUAAGAGUAAAAUUAAAAGCAAAUGUAGAUAGAAAUAGAAAGAGAGAGAGAGGAUAUAUAAGGGAGAAGAAGAAGAAUAUGUGGAAUAUUCAUUAUAUAUUAACGUUAUUUCUUUUUUAUAAAAUGAGAUUUCCGUAAUUUAGAAUAAUCUUCACUGAAGUAACGGAAUUGAUUGAACAAAAUUUUAUUGAUAUAGAAUAUAGAAUUCUUUUCUGUUAGAUAAAAAUAUGGGAAAACGAUAAAUAUUUAUUUAACCGUCACGAAAUCAGAGCUAUUAACACUAUAUUGUCGGAAACUUAUUUAUUAUCACAUCUAAUUGCCUCACUCGAGCCAAUCUUGUAAAAGUCCGAGAAAUGUAGCGUAUUAAUAAUCACUUUAAUUAUAAUCCUAUAAUAAUAUAUUUUUUUUAUUAUUAUAAAUGUAUAUGUGUACCUAUUUUUAGAAAGAUUCUGAUUGUAGUAAAAAGAAAAAUACAUAAAGGAUUGGUAUAAAUUAAUUUUGAUCGCGAUCUAAUGAAUAACGGACUGAUAAUGAUUGGACGGUUUUCUGCACGUGCACAGUACAAGCGCUUUCUGAUUAGACAGUUUGUUUCCUCGUUUGUUAAUUCCGCCGAGGAAACAUUUCUCUCCUUCGAGUAUACUACUGUUAUCUACUCUCGCUAAAACUGCCAUUAUAUUUACGUGUCAGAUGUAAUGUAAUAUAUACCAUGAGAAAAAAAAAGAAGUCUCCAAUCAAGCAA